AUGGUCCUUUUGCUGUUCCUUGCAAUCCUGCUUUCGAAGGGAGAUGUCAGUGGGAACUUUGGGUUUUUGGUUGCUGCACAGUCCAAUGAAAGAAGAGUGGUCGCAUAUAUGCCUGGUGAUAUUAUCAUUGGAGCUUUGUUUUCUGUCCACCAUCAGCCAACAGUUGACAAGGUCCAUGAGAGAAAAUGUGGAGAGGUAAGGGAGCAAUAUGGCAUACAGAGAGUAGAGGCAAUGCUUCAUACCCUGGACAGAAUUAAUCUGGACCCAACACUGUUGCCAAAUAUAACCCUAGGCUGUGAAAUAAGGGAUUCUUGUUGGCAUUCUGCUGUGGCCCUGGAGCAAAGCAUUGAGUUCAUAAGAGACUCUCUUGUUUCAUCAGAAGAAGAAGAGGGGGUAGUGCGUUGUCUCGAUGGAUCUUCAACAUCUGUCCACACCAAGAAACCCAUCGUUGGUGUCAUAGGACCUGGUUCUAGUUCAGUAGCAAUUCAGGUCCAGAACUUGUUGCAGCUUUUCAAUAUACCUCAGAUUGCUUAUUCUGCCACAAGCAUGGACCUAAGUGACAAAACUCUGUUCAAGUAUUUCAUGAGAGUGGUGCCCUCUGAUGCACAGCAAGCCCGAGCAAUGGUGGACAUUGUGAAACGCUAUAACUGGACCUAUGUUUCUGCUGUACAUACUGAAGGAAACUAUGGUGAGAGCGGAAUGGAAGCCUUCAAAGAUAUGUCAGCCAAGGAGGGGAUCUGCAUUGCUCAUUCCUACAAGAUCUAUAGCAAUGCUGGUGAACAGAGUUUUGACAAGCUGUUGAAAAAGUUAAGAAGCCACCUGCCCAAAGCAAGAGUGGUUGCCUGCUUCUGUGAGGGCAUGACAGUAAGAGGGCUGCUAAUGGCCAUGAGGCGCUUGGGUCUCGCUGGAGAGUUUUUGCUGCUAGGAAGUGAUGGCUGGGCAGAUAGGUAUGAUGUGACAGACGGGUAUCAGCGGGAAGCUGUUGGCGGAAUAACGAUCAAGCUCCAGUCUCCUGAUGUGAAAUGGUUUGAUGACUAUUACCUGCAGCUUCGGCCAGAAACCAAUCUCCGAAACCCUUGGUUUCAGGAAUUCUGGCAGCACAGGUUCCAGUGCCGGCUGAUGGGGUAUCCGCAAGAGAAUACUAAAUACAACAAGACUUGCAACAGUCAGUUGACUCUCAAAACACAGCAUGUUCAGGAUUCUAAAAUGGGAUUCGUAAUCAAUGCCAUAUAUUCUAUGGCAUAUGGUCUUCACAACAUGCAGAUGUCACUGUGCCCAGGCUAUGCAGGUCUCUGUGAUGCCAUGAAGCCUAUAGAUGGUCAAAAACUCCUGGAUUCUCUCAUGAAGACUAACUUCACUGGGGUUUCUGGGGACAUGAUCUUGUUUGAUGAGAAUGGAGACUCACCGGGAAGGUAUGAGAUUAUGAAUUUUAAGCAAAUGGGAAAAGAUUACUUUGACUAUAUCAAUGUUGGAAGUUGGGACAAUGGUGAACUGAAGAUGGAUGAUGAUGAAAUAUGGUCAAAGAAAAAUACUGUCAUCAGAUCUGUCUGCAGUGAACCAUGUGAAAAAGGCCAGAUAAAGGUGAUCCGUAAAGGAGAAGUAAGCUGCUGCUGGACCUGUACCCCAUGUAAAGAGAAUGAGUUUGUUUCUGAUGAAUACACAUGCAAGGCAUGCCAGCUGGGCUCCUGGCCCACUGAUGACCUUACAGGUUGUGACCUCAUCCCAGUCCAGUACCUCAGAUGGGGCGAUCCUGAACCAAUAGCAGCUGUUGUUUUUUCCUGUCUAGGUCUACUGGCCACCCUGUUUGUUACAGCUAUAUUCAUCAUGUACCGUGAUACCCCAGUUGUCAAGUCAUCCAGCCGAGAACUCUGCUAUAUUAUUCUCGCUGGCAUCUGCUUGGGUUACUUGUGUACUUUCUGUCUCAUUGCAAAGCCUCAACAGAUUUAUUGUUACCUUCAAAGAAUUGGCAUCGGUCUGUCCCCGGCUAUGAGUUACUCUGCCCUAGUAACUAAAACCAAUCGCAUUGCAAGAAUUCUAGCUGGCAGCAAGAAGAAAAUCUGUACAAAGAAACCUAGGUUCAUGAGUGCCUGUGCCCAGCUGGUUAUUUCAUUUAUCUUAAUAUGUAUACAGUUAGGCAUAAUUGUUGCCCUUUUCAUAAUGGAGCCCCCAGAUAUAAUGCAUGAUUAUCCAAGUAUCCGAGAGGUCUACUUGAUUUGUAACACCACCAACUUGGGUGUCGUAACUCCCCUUGGGUACAACGGAUUAUUAAUUUUAAGUUGUACCUUUUAUGCAUUUAAGACCAGAAAUGUCCCAGCUAAUUUCAAUGAAGCAAAGUAUAUCGCCUUUACAAUGUAUACCACCUGCAUCAUUUGGCUGGCCUUUGUGCCCAUAUAUUUUGGAAGCAACUACAAGAUAAUCACCAUGUGUUUCUCUGUAAGCCUGAGUGCCACCGUGGCCCUCGGCUGCAUGUUUGUGCCAAAGGUGUACAUCAUCCUCGCUAAGCCAGAAAGGAAUGUACGCAGCGCAUUCACCACGUCGACUGUGGUCCGCAUGCACGUAGGGGAUGGAAAGUCAUCUUCAGCUGCAAGCCGCUCAAGCAGCCUGGUCAACCUAUGGAAAAGAAGGGGAUCGUCUGGUGAAACUCUAAGGUACAAAGGCAGGAGGCUGGCUCAGCACAAGUCGGAAAUAGAGUGUUUCACCCCAAAAGGGAGUAUGGGAAAUGGUGGGAGAGCUACAAUGAGCAGCUCGAAUGGGAAAUCAGUCACCUGGGCCCAGAAUGAGAAGAGCAGCAGCAGGGGAGCACACCUCUGGCAAAGGCUCUCAGUGCACAUCAACAAAAAGGAGAACCCAAACCAAACCGCAGUGAUCAAGCCCUUUUCUAAGAGCACAGACAGUAGCCGCCAUAGCAGCAGCGCCGCAUUUCCGGAGGCCAGUGCCAAAAUGCUUUACGAUGUCUCAGAAGCAGAGGAGCAGUACCCAGCGCACUACCAGCCACAGACCCCCUCGCCAAUCAGCACGGUGAGCCACAGGACGGCCUCCAUUAGCCGAACAGAUGAGGAGGUCCCCACCUCCCAGACAGAACAUGCCCAGCGGAGCAGCUCCUCCCAAGGUUCUCUCAUGGAGCAAAUCAGCAGUGUGGUCACACGCUUCACAGCCAACAUCAGUGAGCUGAACUCUAUGAUGCUUUCGACAGCCACACCGGGGGCUAUGGUGGCCACUCCUCUAUGCUCUUCCUACCUGAUCCCAAGAGAGAUCCAGCUUCCUACCACACUGACCACUUUUGCAGAGAUCCAGCCACUCCCUGCCAUUGAAGUGAACAGUGCAUCGCAGACCGCUAGGAAAGCUUCAUGUGGCAGCAUCAAAGAAGGUGCUUCAGAGGCCCCAGUGGUGAAGCAAGAUCUUGAGGAGUUGGUGGCUUUAACUCCUCCCUCACCUUUUAGAGACUCCAUUGAUUCUGGGAGCGCAUCUCCCAGCUCCCCAGUGUCAGAAUCAGCGCUGUGUAUCCCAUCUUCCCCGAAGUAUGACAAGCUUAUCAUCAGAGAUUACACACAAAGUUCUUCUUCAUUGUGAAUGUAGUUCAGGACAUAUUGGAUCCUGACAGCUAUCGGCAGGUAGAGAAGGGACAGCUAAGCCUUCAAGAUCUCCAGUCUUUAUACAGAUACAGUGAUAGGCAAUGGGUCAGCAUGUGACAAAUGGAGGGGGUCAGUAUAGGGUUAUUUGAUAAAUGGAGACAUCAGAUGAAUUAACCUAUUUUAAAGAAACAAAACUUUCAGCAGAUUUUCGUGGCCUUACAAAACACGGGCUUUUAAGAAACACUGCAUCUAUUUUUGAGGGCUUAUAAGGAGUCUGUUAAAUCAGUUACAUACCAAGUGCUUUGCUUUAGUAUAACAAUGAACUGUGUGUAUAAUAUAUGAAAAAAGUAGACUGUAAGCAACUGUACAAUGUUUUCUUUAUUUACUCUGACUCCUUACCCAGAAGUGAACCUUGAUCUAUUAUCAAAAAUAGAAGACCAAACAUUGAAUGUACAUUUUCUAACAGACUCAAAAUCUGGCACCAAUAUGUCAGGCUCACGUGUUGUUGUUUUUUCUAUGAAGAUCUCAAAAAACAGUAAAGUAUGUUUAGAAACUACCAAACUUUUUGCUGAAUCGUAUCAUGCUGGUGAUACCCUACAUGUAGAUAAUAAUAAACUGCGGCUUUGCAAUGUGUGACUGCAAUAUGGAGGGCUUUACAAGUGACUUCUCAACCUACAGAUUUGUUUAUGAAAUUCUCUUCUAUCAGUAUUAAAAAGUUCCAUUUAACAACAUUGGAUACACCUUCAUAGAAAAAAAAAUGGGACGACAAUUUCCUGACUCUUUCACCACGUUGCCAUGAUGGAGUAGCAAAAAAUAUUUUCUGGAGAACUGUUUUGUAAUUCCUUUAUCAAGACAAGUUGUUGAGGAGAAUAUUCUCUUUCUAGCAGUAUUAUUGAGCUAUAGCCUAGCUGCAUUCCCUAGUGAAAUUAACACAUUUUUAUGGUCACUCUUAAUGAUAACAUUGCCAAUUAAUAUACCAUUGUUAUUCAGACUUCCGUACCCUUUACUUGUAAGGAACUGGUGAACACUCUAUGGUAGAAUACUGAGGAAGCAGUCUGGAUUAGGAUGAAGAAAACUGUCAAUGAAAGGAUGGUCAUGAUCAUAAUUCAUUUACGAAAAAACCCUGUGUCAAAGUCUGCUUAAAGGUGGUUUAGCUACUCUUCAAUAAGCAACGAUUUUAACUCUAGUUAGCUGUGGAUACAUUGCAGCUCUGAACUGUGACAAAAGACGAUUUUCAAAGCAAUACAGAGUAGGUGUUCAAACAAGGGAGACCUAAUGAGAGUCAAACCAAUGGAGUCUUUCUUUGUUUCUUAGCAACUCGUAGAAGAGGUGAGGGAAUUAUUGACAUUUUUUUCCUGUAUCAAAGUAGCUACAAGCGCAGUUUAAUACAAUUCAUGCUGUCAUGGCACUUUUUAAAUACAUGCAGGGAGAGAUUUAAAAUUUGAAUAGAAGCAAAAUAAUUUUUGAUAGCUAUGUUGAAGCAAUGACUCAAGUCCUCAACACAUGCACACUAUAAUUUGCUUCCCUUCCCCAGUGACACAGUUAUCCUCAGGCGCCAAAUUGUGUGUUUUUUCUAAUAAAUAUAGUAUGAAGGGGCAGGUAAUUUACUGUUAUUCAAAGUCAAAUUGAUGCAGCCUUUUACAGAAGAUAGACUUAUGGAAGGGAGCGUUGGAAAUAAGGCUGCUGUGUAAUAUUUUUAACUCCAAAAUCUUAUUUCUUUUCAGCUUUGCAAAUACUUUUUCAUCAAAAUGUAUUUUUCAGGCAUUUUUCAUCCAUAAAUGGUGUAACAAAUAUAUUAUUAAAAAGUGAAAGCACAUUUGUUCAUUUCAGAACAGAAUAUUCCUAUUCUUUUUAGGUUAGCCCUAUCAUGAUUUUAUACUACAUAUCCCAAUUUUACAUUCAAUACAUUUUUAAAAAUGGCUUGAAUGAGAUGAGGCUAACGCUUUAAAAUAAUGUCAUUGGUUUAACCUGAUCGAGUACAUUUUACUCAAGAAAUAGUUAUUCUUCAUUUAACUAACUGCAGGAAUUCUUUAUUUAACUAACAGAUCUUUUAACUUUUCUUGGUUCCAGUCAGGAAACACGGACAUUUCAAAUCACGUACACUAUAUGUAUGUUCUCAGUAGGGACUCUAGACUACUAUGAAACUAUUUGAAAUAUUGUACAUGGUGGAUUUGCAAGGUUUUGUAUAUGUUUGCCUUGAACACAGAAUUGCUUUGAUUCAUGGAUAGUUUAGCUGAGUGGUUUACCUGCAUUUCAAAGAGACUGUGUUAUUGUAUUAUAUAUGAAGUAAUUGCCAGAUGUUAUUAACAGAGUUCCUCCACCCCUGCUCCUUAAACUAGUGUCUCAAUUGUGUGGCCUCUCUCAUGCUGGCAAGUACUUACACAAUUAUCCCUCAGUGAAUUUGCUGGCAUGAGUAAGUGGUUACCAGAAUAAAUAAGGAUUGUACAAGUGGUCCCUUAAAAUGUAUUGUUGAUCAGUCUUCUUUAAGGAAAAACAGAAGUAAGAAGAGAAGGUUAUCGAAACAUAAUUCAAUAUAAAUAAUGCAUCCACUGUUACACAGUCCCUAGGUCAUAAUUAUUUAGUCCAACUUGCCAUAGUUGCUGUUCAGAAUUUGUUAAUCUUUUUUAUAUUGUCAGGAAUACAUUAAUCCCUCAGCUUUAUAGUUGGGUACAACUUCCAUUCAUUGCUGAUUAGGAACCAAACUUUAUACUAGCCAUCUUUUAAACAUGCUUUGCUUUUGUUCACUAAGAACCAUGCUCUCCUUGUACUUCUGUUUGCUACAGAGAAAAUCCUGCAUGCAUAAAGAAUGCAAGACUGGCCCUGUUGAGAUCAUACAUUUUUUUUCCAUUUGACUUCCAAGAUUUUGAUUAGCGCUAGGUAUGGGAUGGCAGAAGCCAUUUAGUUGGGCAUGCUGGUCCUUUGGAGAUUUACUUGAAUUUCAUACAAAAGAGGAGAGCUUUUGUGGGGAAAAUGAGGAGCCACACAAAGAACUGAAGCAUUGGAAGACUCUAAGGCAGCUAUAUGGAACUCUAGGGUCCCAAGCAAGAGUCUAGAGGAUUUGGUGGAGGAAGGGAGAGAAAUUGAGGAUUCUAAUAAUUAUUUUCGUUGCACCUUUAGUGUACUAGAUUCUUUACAGGACAAUGUGAAAACAAGGUCCCCACCUGGAAGACCUCACCAUCUGAAUGCACAAAGUGCAAGCAGAUGAAGGGCAUAUGAAUAUUAGCUUCCAGUUCUGCUGCUAAAGAGGAAAUUGUUUACACUGAAGGGAAUAUACUAACAAUCUUGAUGGUAAAGAUUCUGCCAAGAAAACCCUUGUGGUGAAGACCAGCCCUGGGAGAGUGCAGGUAUGACUCCACUCUGGAAACCACGCUGCUGAAAUACAGUGAGUUUAAAGCAUUUAAAGUGCUGGGAAAAAAUGAGGCAGAGCUGUAUUUGAAAUUGGCUAUUUAUCAUGUGACUUUAGAGAUGUAUCCUCUUCUAUUUUUCCUAUAAAAGUAUCUAAGAUGCUUGGUGAUGGGCCUACUAUAGAUAUUUUAGACUAGAGUUUUCUAGAUUAUGGUCCACAGAGCAGUUGCUGAUGGCUCCUGAAGACAGCUAAUCACAUGGUGCUGGUGCCUUCUUCUGACUUCUCACAGUGAAACUGCAUUAAAAGACAGCUUAAAAUAUAUGAAAUACUUUCCUUCACGCACAGGAGCAGAUACACAAUUGCUGUGGUUGCUACAAGAAUGUGUGUGAUCACAAAUGGGACGGAAAGUCAUCUAUGUGAGUGUGAUUAGAAAGGCAGAUGGUACGAGGCAAUCUCUGGAUUACCAUGUGGUUCACACUAAAACAUUUGGGAACCUUUACCCAAGAAAGCAAAAGCAACUAGACAGAGAACGUAAGUGCAAUUCCCAGGAGAUAAUUAUCUUUAUGCUCAUACUUGGUAAUACAGCCAGACCCUACCAGACAGAGAAAAACAGAGUGAAAAUAGGGUUAGGUUUAGGGUUAGAAGAAGUCAGAUUACAAUGUUUGUGAUGAGUAAUUAUGGCCAGAUUGCUAUCUCAACAGACACCAGUGGAAACCCAUGAAGGUCAAUAGAGUUACUCCAGGUUUAUGUCAGUGUAAUUGAGAUCUGAGUCUGGCCAUGUUCAGUGAAGUCCAUACACUGACUAUUUACUGCAGCGGGGGAUGAUAGGAGGAAAGAGGUUUCUUACGAUUUUGCUUGGUCCAUGCACCAUAAUAGCUGAUUAGAUUAAGAGAGCUCUCUUGUUCAGGGGCUAGAUUCUUCCUCAUGGGUUUGCUUUACCAUUUACCUACCAGAUAUUCCUAUAAAUAAAUAAAAUUGUGGUGGAAAUGUCAAAGUUUGUAAUUUAUCCAUAAGUAGGAAACAGGUCAUGGGCUUUACUGCAUUUUUCUGAUUCCCAGCAAGAGAAUUAAAAUGUUUCCCCAAGAGUCAUAUGCUACGCUUCCAGGAUAUGACACAUAUUAAAAACUUUGACUGAACUACCUGAGGUCAUUUUUUUGCAACAGCUUUUCAUCACACCUAAGCUGUUAAAAGCUCUGUAGUUGCCAUUUUAUACUGUGAAAAGAAUAAAUCAAAGUCAGAUCAGUGAAAUAUAAAGGUAAGUAAAGAAAUUCAUCUCCUUGAUGAAUUGGCAUAUGUGCCUGGCAUUGUCUUGUCUGAACAAUGACUGUGCAAAAACUAAAUAAUAAACAUCUGAGUCACUCCGAUCUGCCAAAUGGGAAUAAAUAUACUAUGUAUAUUAUAUGUACUGACAGGAUUCAAUGGCAGCUGCUGGUGGUAAUUGUAAUUAGAACUCUAUAUAGAAUAUAGAUGUUUUAGAGAGACGGUGCCAAUUCUAACUGAUUUGUGUGGGCUACAAGUGCUUGUAAUUAUUAUGAUUAUUUUUAUUUGCUAAUAACUUAUUAUGAAAAACUGGUUUUAAACAUUCUGUGAGCGUUUGUCCCUUUCUUAUGUUGCUGCUUAUACUAUUAAAUCAAUAGCGAAUGUAAAAUUAUUUUGAUGUGAACGGAAACUGAUUUUUCAUAAAAUUUAACAUUUUUAUCAGCUUUGGUUUUGCUGUCUACUUGUAUGAAUGUAAUUUAUUUUAGCAUUUAAAAUACAUUUGCUUGUUUCUUGGUUGUCUACAUCAUGUUAUAGUUGAUGUUUAUGUAGAGUCAGGUACUUUUUGA